AUGCUCUGGGUGCUGGUGUCCUCUGUGGUGCUGUAUUUGCUGCAUCUGCCGGAUGGGAUCCUGCUGAGCCAUGGCAGCCAGGAGCAGAAGAGGCUGCCCACCUUUAGCAGGACCCUGGCGCUGCUCCAACAAGUCAUUGAAUCCUCCAACAGCCACUACAGAGAUAGGAGACAUGGAUUAUUUCAGCAAGAGGGGAACCCCAAACCCAUCUGUGUAAAACCCAUCUCUAGUCCCUACACAGGCGUAACUCAUGCCCCAGCCGGGUGCUACCUGGGGAUGCUGCUAGAAAGCAAAAAAGCAUUUUCCACACCCACGGCGAUCCAGGACUGUGGCUUCUCUGAGACGGAACCCCUCUGCUUUGGCAAGGCGAUAGAAACAGUGAAAGACAACACUCUGGUCCUGAGCCACCUGGCAAAGCCCUUCCACUUCCCGGGCAAGGAGGAGAUGGCCAGAGGGCUAUGAAGUAUGGCACUAGAUGUCCUGCAGGAGCCGCAGCUUGGGUGGCAGCCAUACUGCACCUGGGCACAGCCAAGUCCUCACUGGGUUUCCUCUGGUCUCCAAAUCCAUAUGAAGAUGUAUCUGCGAGACCUGGAACGUGCCAAGAUGGGGCAGGGCCCAGCGCCUGACAGAUGGAAACUCAAGCAUUCUAAGAAUGACCUCGAAAGGGUCCUCCAGGUUUGUCCAUGACUGAGGACAAACCUGGACAUGGGCCAUAACCGUUCCUGGUGGGUGAAACUCCUGGACAAAGCCACGGAGUUUGACCUGGGCGAUACCAUAUCCAAACUGCAGCUCUUCAGGGGCGAAUGCCUGUAGCUUAAAAGCCAGGAAACACUUGCCAUGGAAUGCUUCAAGCAGGCCAUCGAACUGGGCACUGUGGGCUCCACUGAGAGCUUGCGGUGCCUCCCAGAGCCACUGCUCGUGCUCUUUGGCCAGAAGAAGCUGAAGAUGGAAAUGCUGAUGCAGGAGGUGGAGCAGCGGGUUAAGAAAGCUGAGGAGAAAUUCUGACGGCAGCACCUGCAGCAGGAGCUGAGGGUGGUCUGCCACCAUUGCACGCUGGAGGUGAUCCAGCUCUCUGAAGCCGCGAUCGCCAUGGGGAGGAUGGCUUUGGUGAGGCUGAUGUUUGAGACAACGAAGGUCGAUUCUUCCAAGGGCAGGAUGAACGAGCGGUCGCUGUCCCUGUGA